GGUAGAUCGUAUUGACUCAUAAUUCACAAAAAAAAGUUUAGUAGCAACAACAUUUCAUGAGAAACACUUUCCACUAGUACUCUUAACAAUAAAUGUGGAAUUGAAUUGUUACUGAGUAUUAUCUAUUAUUUACUCGCAUUUUUUCUUACCAAGAUUUCAUACCUCACUAAAUUUUUCGUCCCUCCAGGAUUCUAAGUACCCGGUAGGAGGGGCUAUUAAUCGCCGAGUGCGUUCUAUUUUGCGCCAUCAAACACCCUACUCAAUUCGUCGUAUUCGAAGCUAUCGGAGCUAUUCGCACAACAGGACACCUCCCUUGAGGAGUUCCUGAACGAUCGAAAAUGGCACCUCCUAAAGGAGGCUAUGCGCCUGACCUAGACAAAUUUCUUGACACCUUGAAAAGCCGACCGGUGGAUGCUUCCGUCGAAUCCCUUAUAUCCCUUCUGAAGCGACGACAAAUCCGAGGCUCCGAAUCUUGCGCGAUUGCUACAACACAUAUCCUCCGCCAAGUUGUUGUGAAAGAUAAAUGGACUGAUGUCGAUCAGCUCAUCGGGCGCAUCCAGUUAGUCGGCAGAAAACUCGUAGCAGCGCAGCCUCAUGAAAUAGUUAUUGGGAAUAUUGUGAAAAGAGUCCUGGGUUUGAUACGUGACGAGGCAUCGGAAGAUCGCAAUGACACCGGCAGCGAGUCACCAACCGACGCGACCCCUUCCCUACCUCCACCGAUCGAGCCUCCUCCUCCCGACAGACCGGUCCGGCUCCCCUCGCUCGUCGCGUUAGGAUCAUUUGCCCGUACACAAUCUAUGUUCAACCUACUCUCCGACCCAGACUUCGUUCCCUCUCCCGGCUCUACACCCCAGCUGGCUUCGGGAUCUUCGACACCCCUACGAAAUUUACAGUCAACAAAUGUACAAGCACUCAGAUCUGAAGUAAUUGAUGGUAUCGAGGAAAUAAUGGACGAGAUUAAACAAGUCGACGAACAAGUCCAGAGCUAUGCCGAUAUUGUUAUUCACCCGGGAGAUUAUGUAUUGGCUCACCAACCUUCGAGGACGGUUCAAAAGUUCCUUUUGCGAGCUGCUUCUAGGAGAAAGUUUACCUUAUUCCUCGUUGUUGACCCAUCGGCAAUCUCCACUUCCGACGAUCCAUACGCUUCUUUACACAAAUCUCUAUCGUCUGCGGGAUCGACCGUUGUAAACAUCAUGAAUAUUGGCCUGAUGGCUUACAUGACCAAAGUCAACAAGGUCAUUCUCGGGGCUCGAGCGAUUACUAGAAAAGGUGGGGUUAUCGUUGAUGCUGGCGCCGCGGCUAUCGCCCGUGCCGCCCACGAACAAGGUAGGACGGUUAUUGUCCUAGGCGGCGUCUACAAACUCAGCCCUAACAGCCGAUUCCACAACGAAAGCGUCGUGGAAUGGGGUGACCCAUCCAAAUAUGUCAAUUUUGCAGAUGGCGCAAUGGUUGACCAAGUGAGAGUAAGAAACGCCAUUGCCGAAUUCAUUCCUGCAGAGCUUGUUAAUACGUACAUUACGAACUUGGGAGCACAUUCCAAGGAUCACUUGCAUGGCAUCAUCGCAGACCAUUACAAGGACGAAGACGUCAACUUCGACCUAUUUGGGAAGAUCCAAAGGUGAAGAUAAACCCCGCAGCAUCACAACUUGUGCAAUUGCGACAGCUUGAGGCGGUCAGAGACAAAUCUGACGGGUGGAAAUACCAAAGUUGGUUUGGGCUACCUCAAUUCGUUUAACAAUUAUGCUGUAGGCUACCAGCUUAUUCGCAUGUUCUGGCGGGUUUGAGUCAUCUUUAAUCGCAGUGUUGCGUAGUGGUUUAUAGUGGCCGCGUCACCCGGCAGUGAGCUUGGCAUGCAAGUGCAGGGGAUUUUCACGAGUCCAAGACAAAAUCGGAAUCAGGGAAGUGACUAGAACGUGGGGUGAGAUGACUGACAAAGAUUGGUGCCUCUUCAGGCCCCGGGGAAUCGAGCGAAUCUUGUUCAGGGGUGGCCUGUGUGGUGGCCCUGUAUGGCCUGGCUGGGGUUAUCAGAAGCUGAAAAAAAGGCUAUCGGCCAAUGGAACAUUCAUGUUCCCCUCCCCAACACUUCGGGUGCUGGUAGGACUGGAAUUGAAUAAGUAAGCCAGUCUAUAGAGAAAGACCUAAGUAAAUAAAAUGCAUCU